AUGGCUGACUCCGACCAUGAUGAUCAUGACUUCGCCACUGGAGAGAGUGGAGCCGCCGCUACGUACCCAAAGCAAUGCUCAGCUAUUCGCAAGAAUGAGCACGUUAUGAUCAAGGGCCGACCAUGCAAGGUGAGUUUUAAAAAUUCUUUUUUAGUGUUUUAUCGAUUUAGGUUGUUGAGAUGAGCACCUCCAAAACUGGCAAGCACGGUCACGCUAAAGUCCACAUGGUCGCCAUUGACAUUUUCACCAACAAGAAACUUGAAGAUAUCUGCCCCUCAACCCACAACAUGGAUGUCCCAGUUGUCAAGAAGUCUGAGUACCAGGUUAGCGACCUACUUUAGUAUUAUUUAUAGUUUCUCUUGGCUAUGAUGUGAUAAUAUGGGUAAUUUUCGUCUGAAAACCUUGAUGUUAACUUUAAACUGAGCUUUUUCUAUUUAGCUUAUUCAUACAGCGUGUUUAUCACGUUUAAUUACUUUUUUUAGCUCCUUGCUAUCAACGACGAUAACUUCGUCUCCCUUUUGGAUGAGAACUGCGAGACCAAGGAUGAUCUUCGUCUCCCAGAAGGAGAUCUUGGCAACGCAAUCAGAGAGGCUUUUGAUAAGGACGACAAUGGUAUCUUGCUCUCUGUAACCAGCGCUUGCGGCGAAGAGGCCAUUCUUGGAUGGAAGAAUAUGACCAACAAAGAAAAGUAA